CGCUAAGCCGGGCUGGAGCGGAGUGUCUCGGAGGCUGCACUCCUUCCCAAGCCCAAGGACUUAACAGCUUCCUUCUCUGCCUUCCUGUGCCAACAAUCCCCCAAAAGUUGUGAUGCUUUUCUUUACUCAGUGCUUUGGGGCUGUGUUGGAUCUCAUUCACCUCCGGUUUCAGCACUACAAGGCUAAAAGGGUCUUCUCCGCCGCCGGGCAACUUGUCUGUGUCGUCAACCCCACACACAACCUAAAGUAUGUGUCCAGUAGACGGGCCAUCACUCAGAGCACUGCAGAGCAAGGCGGCUUCCACCCUCACCAUCUCCCCCACCACCACUGCCACCACCACCACCACUGCCACCUGCGCCACCACACCCGCCCCCUCCUCCUCCACCACCAGGAGGCAGGGCUGCAUGCCACGCAGGUGACGCCCUGCAUGUGCCCCUUGUUCUCCUGCCAGUGGGAAGGCCACUUGGAGGUGGUAGUGCCCCACCUGCGGCAGAUCCACCGGGUCGACAUUCUCCAGGGAGCAGAGAUCGUCUUCCUGGCCACCGACAUGCACUUGCCCGCGCCAGCCGACUGGAUCAUCGUGCACUCCUGCCUCGGCCACCACUUUCUGCUGGUGCUUAGGAAGCAGGAGAGGCAUGAAGGGCACCCCCAGUUCUUUGCCACCAUGAUGCUGAUCGGGACCCCCACCCAGGCUGGCUGCUUCACCUAUCGUCUGGAGCUCAACAGAAACCAUCGUCGUCUCAAAUGGGAGGCCACCCCAAGAUCUGUCCUCGAGUGCGUGGACUCCGUCAUCACUGACGGGGACUGCCUCGUCCUCAACACCUCACUGGCCCAGCUCUUCUCUGACAAUGGCAGCCUAGCCAUAGGAAUUGCCAUCACUGCAACAGAGGUCCACUCCACAGAAGCUGAGAUAUGAGGGCAGGAGCCACUGGACAUUCAUACAGCCACCAAGAGACUCUGACAGAGUGCCUUUGGCCUCUGGAUGUCAGGACCCCAGGCUCCUUUUUAUUCUUCUCCUUUCUCCCUUCAUAUAGAUAUAUUUUUUGUCUCAGGUACUUUGGUGUAUUUAGUAUUUGUCUGCCAUGGUCAUUAUAUUAUGUAAACAUCCUGUGAUUCAAGAUCUUGCUGUGAUGUCUGUCCUGUUUUGUUGGUAUAGUCUGGUAGGAUGUUUCUAAGAUUUAUGAGAAUAGUUAUUUCCUACACACCCUGAUUCCUCUCUCCAGUCCUUCCCAAUGAACAAAAGCCACCAUGACCAUAAGAAGACUCGGGGGUUGAAAGGUGAGUUACCAGCCAGUUUCUUUCUUCUCUUUCUCAUCAAUUUCAGAGAAAGAGAGAGAGAGAGAGAGAGAGAGAGAGAGAGAGAGAGAGAGAGAGAGAAAUCAGCCCUGUGUGAAGGCAGUAAUUUGGGAGAGAACAGUUGGCUAGCUCCACGACAGACCAUGUUUCAGCCAGCCAGGCACACCUGAUACCUACUGAGGGGCCUCAGGGUUAAAGCCAAUCUCCAGGAACACAAGGACAGUAUCUACUUCAUGGACAGUGGACAACAGCCAUCAGGGCUUGGCAGUCAGUGGUCAGGCGCUGAACCCUCUUUUAUCAGGCUCUGGUGGCCUUAUUUCCAGCCCAGUGCACCCCAUUUUCUUCUGGAAUCAAAGUCCUCAAGUUCCUGGUGCUUUUUGAAAAUCCCUUUGUUCUCUCUGAGCAAGUGAUGGAAAAGGAUGGGCAAGAGGUAGGGGAACAAAAGCAGCAGGAAAAAACAAAUAAAUUUGACCUCACCUAGGGGUCAUUCCCUCCUCAGAGUUUCAUUAUAGAGCUAUAAAAUCCAUCUGUCCUCUCUGUAGAAUCAUGCCCUGUUAUACCAGGCAAAGGAUUUGCUUCAUUCUUGAUACUUCUUAGACCACAACUAGGCAUUGAACACCAAGAACACAUGGGAUCACACUCAGGACCCUGGACAGGGAGGGCUGGCCCCAGCAUUCACACUCAGGGACCUCCCUUUCAUUUCUUUUCUUUCUAGAUGCUCUGUGGCCCAUUCAUCACAUACGCAUAAUACCCAUGUGCGACACCGACCUCCUGGGUCAAGUAGUCCUUUUUCCACCCUAUUCUCUCACCUCAGCCUCACUGGCUGGCUCACAGAAGACCUCCAAGUGAGUGCUUAGUUUCCAGCAGAUUUUCCUGGCUGUCAGCAAUCUUUUCUCUACUUUAAAUAAUUUUUUCCUGAAACACAACACUCUUCCCCCAACAACUGGCUAAUGCUGCAGCCACUUCUCCUACAAACUCACACCAAAGCACCAGAAGGGAGAUCCCACUGAACAGAAGUUUUGACAACACGUUCUCUUUGAUUCACCCAGUAAGUACUGGAACUUUGGGACUGAGGCCUUAUUCUGUCAGACCCCUGUGGGAGGAGAACAAAGGCUCUGCAGUCUCAAGACAAAGGUUGUAAUCUGCUUGCUCUCAGAGUUAUCAGACAUGCUACGCUACUACAGGGUACCAGCCACCUACCUGCCACCUUAGCGGUGACCCAGGAGCCACCUGGGGCUGAUUGGCUGGUUCUUGGAAAGGCUUUCUACUUGGCUCCUUGUUUAACCCACAGGUUUUUUCCUGCAACCCAAGACACACUCAGCUAUAAGCCUGGUACCUCUAGAGCCACAGUUCCUCCACUGUCUUCUGGUACUCAAUCUUUCUGAGAACAUUUAUAUAGUAUCACAGUGAACCAGAUAAAUAAAACCGCAAAAAGAAUGUGAUUAACAUUUAACAUUCUCAGGGCCUCAGGGCUCCUGUAAGACAUUGCCUUUGCCUUCUUGUGCCAAGUGGCCAGAGCCAACCUGGGAAAAACUAGUUUGUUACUGUACACAAGAUCAUAUUCUGAAUAAGUGAUCCCAGAUAGGACCUUCUGUGUUCUUCCUAGACACCUGUGGAAUAGGAUGAGAAAGUAUGUUUUCUCCUACCUGUGGUGGUGCUCCCAAGGAAAUCUUUCUCUCCACCUCUACAUGUGAGGGAUUAAAGAAGAAAAAUUAAACUAACAACAAUGAAUCAGGAAUAGAAAAUGGUAACAAAAGAGUGUGUGUGUGAGCUUUGUGAUUCCUAAAGGGCUCUGUCAUUUGAGCCUCAGAUUAAUCCUCACCAGUGUCCUCAAUACACUAAAAAAAAAGGUUUGCAGACACAGUAUGACCUUCGUGAGGUCACACAUCAAAAGGUUGGACCACAAGUAGAACUCAAUCAACCAACUGCAAACUUGGUCUUCUCAAAAUAGGAAGACUGAUCAAAAUAUUUAUAAAAUAUUCACAGUCCACACACCUCAUCAGUGAACAGUGGACCUGAGAAUCAACUGGAUGUUCACUUUGCAAUGGUUGGGAAACAGGGAGGAAAAGACAGGUAGAUUUAUGUUUAGAGGCACCUGGUCAACCGGGAGCAGGCAGGGCCCAGGGAGAGAUGAAGGACAAGCACAUGGAGGCCUCAGUCUACAUGCCUUUUCUCUCUCUUCAUCCACUUCUAGGCUUCUCAUGCUUAGAGUCCUCAGAACCCCUCACAAUCCCUGGGAUCUGAUAAGCCUCAUUCACUGUUCACCCAAGGUGCUGCACUUAAUGAUAACCUGUAAGGAAUAUUUCCAUUUUAAAAGAAGGCUUAGAGAGACAGCAGCACUAACCAGUGAGAAAUGAGUUUCCCAUAUUUGAACUUCAGCCUCGUAAGAACAGUUUUUACAGGGGCUGAAUCAAAGGGUCCUGCCUUCCCCUUGAAAGUGAACAUGAAUGGUCAAUAGUAAAUGGAGGUCCGAUUGUACAAUGAAGAUUGUCUUUAACAAUCUGAACCCACAUAAAUUUGUACCUGGGACAGACCCCAUCCCCUACCUGUGGUUAGUGCAGACAUUUAGAAAUGGAUCAGGAAUAAUACUCAUGAUAAUGCUCAUGGCUGCCAUUAAUCGAGAGUUUAUCAUAUGACCCAGUGAACUAAUAGCUUUGAAUAUGUUAUCAUGUGUCAUCCCCAUCAGAAAGUUAUACAGCUGGUACUAUUUAUUGUACCCAUGUUAUAGGUGAGAAACCAUCCAAGAGGGGUUAGGUAACUUGGUUCAAGUCACUCCAUUAGCAAAUGAAGAACUAGCUCCAAAUUCUAGGGUUUUGACCAAUAGCAACCAUCUCUUUCCUAUGAAUUUAUGGACCUGAGGCUCUGAAGAACUCAGACAUAAAGUCUGAAUGACAUAAAGCUUUUUACUGUUUUAUUAUUAGAUGCACCCUUUCAUUUCUCUU